CAGGAAACCAGCAGGUGAGUUUCCUCCUGAUCGUACAUUGAGUUUCUCGGUGAAGCUGCAGCUCAUGAGGAGGAGAGAAUCUACAGAUUAAUAUAUCAUAAGGAGGAUAUCAUCUGCAGAUUAAUAUCUAUUAAUCAUCAGGAGGACUCUCGGUCUGAUGUCUGCGGGCGGCGGAGCUCCGGCGGCCCGGGCGGUUCUGCAGCAGUGUCUGCGGGCUCAGCUGCAGGUCCAGCCGGCCGGGGACCAAUCAGAGGCGCAGUUCGUCCAGAUCGACAGAGGAAUGGUGAUCUACAUCUGCUUCUUCAAUGGAGCCUCAGAAGAACUCCUUCAGAAGAUGGUGUCCACGCUGCUGAACGUCCGGCUGUGUGAGGCGUCCUCGGGGAGGCUGGUCUCGGUGCUGGAGCUUCCUGGCAGCAUCCUGAUCGUCCCUCAGGCCACGCUGGGCGGGAAGGCGAAGGGCCGAUCCAUGCAGUACCACAACAACAUCAGCAAGGAGGACGGGCUGCGACUCUACGGCGCCUUUGUGUCUUUAUGUGAGAAGGAAGUGGCUACAGCUUCGGCCGGCAGCAGCGUGGAGGUAAAGCACGGGACGUAUGGAAACAGACAGGUUCUGCAGCUGGACACCAACGGACCGUACACCCACCUGAUGGACUUCUGAAGUCCACAUCUGCCUGUUCUUCAAACUAUAGCAGAGACGUCUGGUGAGAGAAACACCAUCUCAUCUAAAAUUAAUUCUUUAUUUGUGUCAUCGGGCACCAGAAUCCAAUUGUGCGGUUUUUAAAUGUAAACCAAGAAGUGAAAAUCAGCUCAGACGUCUCUUUGUUGUGACUUUAAGAGCUGGAACAUGUAAACUGAUUAAUCAUCAUCAAUUACUGCGUUUGAGUUAUUUUUUAAUAAAAACGUCUGAAUUCUA